AUGUCUCCAGGAGCAGUCUCACCACUGGCCAAGGUCAAAGGCCUCACUUUCGACGUCUUCGGCACUACCGUCGACUGGCGCACAACCGUAACCGAGGAACUGACACUGCGAGCCUUCCGCAAAGCUUCUUCCGAUCUCGACCAAGACCUCAAGGCUCGAAUCCAAAAUCUCACUGAACAAGACUGGGGUCGCUUCGCUCAAGAGUGGAGAAACUCAUACGGGAAAUUUACUCGAGGUUUUGACCCCGAGAAGCAUACAUGGAAGACCAUCGACCAACACCAUCACGACAGUCUCGUCGAGCUGCUAAAAGCCUGGGAUCUCUCUGAUCUCUACAGUCCACCCGAGAUUGAAUCACUCAGUCUUGUCUGGCAUCGCUUGACGCCGUGGGAUGACUCCUCAGAUGGUCUCCAAAAGCUCGGCAAGACACACAAGACCAGUACUCUGUCCAACGGCAACGUCUCACUACUCAGAGAUCUGAACGACUUUGGCAACCUAGGCUUCCAGUACUUCCUCUCAGCAGAGAAAUUUGGAGCCUACAAGCCCAACCCAAGGGUGUAUACCGGCGCUGCGAAGGAGUUGGAACUGGAGCCCGAGGAAGUGGCUAUGGUCGCCGCACACCUCAGCGAUCUUGCUGCUGCGAGGUCAUGCGGCUUGAGGACUGUGUAUAUUGAACGGCCUAGGGAAGAGGGAUGGGAUAAAAGUGACGAGAAAUACCAGGAAGCUAAGGAAUGGGUUGAUCUCUGGAUUACACAGGAUGAUGAAGGAUUCCUGACUUUGGCUAAGCGACUUGAAGAACUAGCCUGA